AUGUCUUUUCCUAAAGUAGAAGGAUAUAUUUUUACCGAGAAACUGGGUUCUGGCAGCUACUCCACGGUGUAUAAAGCUUACACAAAGAUCGGGGCCCGCUCUACUGUAGCUAUAAAAUGUAUCGACAAAUCCCGAAUAAAGCAUUCUGGAGCGGCAGUUGAUAAUCUAGUAUCAGAAAUAAGGCUUAUGAAGUCUCUAUCCCAUCCGCAUAUUGUGCAUAUGAAGGAAUUCACGUGGGAUUCCAAGAACAUCUAUAUUAUAAUGGAGUACUGCUGUGGUGGUGAUCUCUCCAAAUAUAUUCUUCGAUAUGGGCGAGUACCAGAGAAACAGGUUCUAUACUUCUUGCAACAGCUCGCUUCAGCAUUGAAAUUCCUUCGUGAAAAAGGUGUGGCUCACAUGGACCUCAAACCCCACAAUCUGCUGCUUCACAAGGGGCCUGAUAGGAAAUACGUCCUUAAAGUUGGAGAUUUUGGAUUUGCCCAACAUCUGACUUCGGAGCAAAUGCGUUGUAUCCGAGGUUCCCCCCUCUAUAUGGCACCGGAAAUGAUAGCUGGAGCUUAUGAUGCACGAGUGGAUCUCUGGAGUACGGGUGUGAUAAUGUACGAGUGUCUCUUCGGAAGAGCACCAUACUCCUCCUCGACCAUACAGGAGCUGAUGGAAAAGGUGCAGAAGCAAGCUCCCAUACAGAUUCCUGCCAACUCUUCAAUAUCUCCAGGUUGCCUGGACCUGCUAACCCGACUACUUCAGCACGACCCGAAUAAGCGGAUCUCGUAUGAAGAUUUCUUCUCCCACGAAUAUCUGGAUUUAGAGCACAUGCCAUCUAAGGAGAAUUAUGAUAAGGCAGUGUCCCUGAUAAAACAAGCGAUAGAGCUGGACUGCAACGGUUGCCUGGAGGCAGCACUCCGGUGCUACAGCGAGAGCUUGCGAUAUCUGGUACCGGUGGUAGGAGUGGAGAGUGACGUCAUGAGACGGAGCGCGCUCACCGCCAAACUCACUAGAUAUAUGGAGAGAGCUGAAGAGAUAAAGAGACAUUUGAAGGCACAACAACAGGCACAAGUGUCGGACAGGACUAAUGUCACUGAGGAGCCCCAAAACGAAGUCAGGGCUCCGCUGGCUAAGAGGGGCUCCUGUUGUGUAGUUGGCACUACAUCGGGGAAUAGUUAUGACUUUAGCGGCCCUCCAAGCAAUAGUGAUAACAAUACCUCGGGACAUAACGGUGCACAUGUAUCAAAAGAGGAUACCUGUCCUCAGGAAUACAUAGCGAAUUACGUUAAUGAGCAGAUGCAAGACAAGAAAGUCAAGGUAGAUAAACCGCGUGGCUUAGCUCGCUUCUUCGGAAAACCCGUUCCCUAUCUGGAUAAGGAUAAUAGUGUAGACGAUAAAAAAAGUGAGAAAAUUGAAGAUAACACGAACGAUAUGUGUAAAAUAUCAUGA